AUGAUGAAAAGGGCUUCCGUGGAUUUUCAUAAAUCUCAUGGUGUUGAUGAAGAGGCUACGAGUAGACUCAAACAUCAAGCCCUAUUACAAGAGUUAUUGAAAUUGCAAAAGGAAUUUGUUUCAAAGAAGAGGAAAUUGCAGACUGCAAAGCAAAAGAGGGAUACCCUUUUGACAGAAGUCCGAUUCCUGAGGCGACGGCAAAGAUAUUUGGUGAAAUAUCAAUCUCCGAAACAUGACAUGGAAAAAUAUUUUGUUCAUCAGCAAAAUGCAGACAUCCAAAUAGGAAAGCUUGAAGGAGAAAGAAAUCAUAAUAGUGCCCAGGAAAUUUUGGUCAAGAAUUCAAAUAAGGGACCUAAAGAGGGGGAAGGAGAAGGGGAAGAGCCAGUUUCCAGGAAUGCAUGGAGAGUUGGAAGGAAGCCUCAGAGUUACUUGUUUGAUGACAAAAGAGUGGGCAAGAAGAAAAUCUUAUGGCAAGAUCCAGUGACAUUGAAGCAAAAUGCAGACAUCCAAAUAGGAAAGCUUGAAGGAGAAAGAAAUCAUAAUAGUGCCCAGGAAAUUUUGGUCAAGAAUUCAAAUAAGGGACCUAAAGAGGGGGAAGGAGAAGGGGAAGAGCCAGUUUCCAGGAAUGCAUGGAGAGUUGGAAGGAAGCCUCAGAGUUACUUGUUUGAUGACAAAAGAGUGGGCAAGAAGAAAAUCUUAUGGCAAGAUCCAGUGACAUUGAAGGUCUAA